CUGGCGCAGUGGCCCAACCCAAAAACCGUCGAGAACCCCCAACUACCAUUCCGAGGAAGAAGAAGUGAAGCGCGACUGCUAGGUUUACCUUACGCUCUGAAGUUCCCAGAAUCUUGCUCUCUAAUGGCUACCGCACUUCAACUUCAAAAUUCCUCUGUUUCUUUCUCUCGCUGUCUCGAUUCUUGUUCUCCAUACCGGUCAUCUUUCGAUCUGGGUUUCUCAUUAUGGAAGAACAAGAUCUUGCUCUACCAUUAUCUUCUUCUCCUUCUUCUCCUUCUGUCCACGUUAAUGGCGAGCCUUCAGGUUCUGCUCCUUCCUCUUCUUUGUCGUCUGAGUCCGUUCUGGAAGAAGAGAACCAUAAUGAUCAGGAGCUAUCACCCGAGCUUCACCAGCAGCAGCAGCAGCAGCAGCAGCAGCAGCAGACGGGUUUUUCUUAUCGUAUGAACAUCUCGAUCUCCGAUGUGGCAUCGAGCGAGUUGAGGGACGAUGCUUGGUCCUGCCUAGUCGUGCUCGUCACUUUUUGGUUCUUCUCAGCAUCCAUGACUCUGAUUCUAGGCUUUUAUGGGUCUGUGAAUCUUCAAUUGAGCCCGAAUUACUCUCGACUUGUGAAAGUCAGCUCCAUCUUUGUGCAGAAUAUCAGGGUGGAAGAAGUCACUGACCCAAUCCCUGGGCCGAUCUUGUAUGGGUUUUAUAAAACUCCCCCCCUCGAUGUUGAAACUAGUUGGUCCCAAACCCAUAACCUUUCUAUUCCAUCGGAUUUCCAUAAGGAGUGGAUAUACUUCCUAAAUGAAGGGUCUGAAAUUACUAUUUCAUAUAGUGUGAAAUCUCAGAGCUCCUCUCCUUUGUCCCUUGUAAUUGCGAAAGGUAAAGAAAGCCUAGUUGAAUGGACUGAGGAUCCAUCAUAUCCUAAUACCACCUUGUCAUGGAAUAUAAUUCAUGGAAAUGGUGUGAUCCAACAGAAGAUUUUCACGUCUUCCGAUUACUAUGUUGCCAUUGGGAACUUGAAUUCUGAGGAGGUUGAGGUGCAAUUGGACCUCAGAAUACAGGCUGUCCUGUACAAUACAACAGAUGCAUAUUACAAGUGCUCUGUUUUUCGUGGUCUCUGUAGUUUGAAGCUUUUCUUUCUGGGGACAACUGUUGCUGUUCUAAGUUCUCCUAGUCCAGGACAGGGUAUUGAUGAUGAGAACUGGUAUAUCAAGCUGUCAUAUGGACCAAGGUGGAUCACAUAUAUUGCUGGCUCAGGUGGAAUGACUGUACUAAUCCUAUUGGCCUAUAAGAUCUUUAACAAGUUCCAAUCGACUACUGGAGAUAGAAGAGAAUUUGAAGCGGGUGAUCCGGGAUCUGAGAGAGCCCCAUUGCUUUCACAGAAAGAUGAUGAUCUGUCAAGUUGGGGCUCUUCUUAUGAUUCUGCCUCGCAUGAUGAGGAGGAUCUUGAACAGCGGCUUGCAGCAAGUUCCCUCGAUACUAAAUCCCUAAAAGAUGGAGAGAACAAUAAUCCACGAUGUCUUUGUGCAAUAUGCUCUGAUGCACCGAGGGACUGCUUCUUCCUUCCAUGUGGCCAUUGUGGAGCAUGUUUCACAUGUGGAACAAGGAUUGCGGAGGAAGCUGGCACGUGUCCCCUUUGUGACAGGAAAAUGAAGAAGGUGAGGAAGAUAUUCACAGUUUGAGGUCUGAGAUGUGUACAUGAUCGCAGCCUUGAAGUAACUACUCCCAACUAUCAGUUGGCUACUUGGGAAAAAACCCAUCUUUCAUUUCAUGUAUACACUUAACUGAGCUUUCAUUCUGAUGGUGAUGAUUCUCAGUAGUUUUGAUUGAAGAUGCACAGGCCUCCCAUCUGUGAGUUUCUUUACUUUCUGACGAGUCGGCAUUGGAUUGAAGAAAGAAUGCUUUGAUUCAAUAUGGUCCACUUCAAAAAGGGAAUGAUUGAGCCAAAGAUUUUUCAGUUGGGAUGCCACCAUCUAUAAAUGCAACUGGAUUCAGGAAUAUGAUUUUUGCAUUGAGCUAGGAAAUUGUUUAAACAGCCUGCACCAGUAAUGCCUUUUUGUUUUCUCCCAACUUGUUCUCCCUUAAUCUGGAAUUCCAUUCAAGUUCAUGUGUGGUUGUGAGUUUUAGAAGCAACCUGGUAUUCUCUCUGGAUUUUUGGCCAGAUGACAUUGCCUCAAUAUCAACUUCGUAGUGAAAGUUUUUUUUUGGGGUUA